AUGGCUACCCGCACCACCUUGCUCCUCCUCGACGUGCAAAACGGCAUAGUUGACCAACUCCAACUCCCCGAGUCAUUUUUCCAAGGCAUGACCACAGCUCUCACUGCAGCACGCAAUCAUGGUCUGAAUAUCGUGCAUAUCGUCACAGCCUUCCGAGACGGCUACCCUGAGAGCAGGCCAACCAAUUCGUUCAUCCCCAGCGUUGCCGCGCGUGGACUCUUCAAAGAAGGCGAUCCCUCCGUGAAAGUUCAUGCUUCCGUCACUCCAAUUUCCAAAGAGCCGGUCAUCACGAAGCGCCGCGUCUCUGCUUUCUGUGGGACAGAACUCGACAUGAUUCUCCGCUGCGCAAACACCAACCACAUUGUCAUCGCGGGACUUAUUUCUAGUGGUGCUGUCUUGUCUACUGUUCAACAGGCAGCGGACCUCGAUUACGGCGUGACCAUCUUGCGGGAUCUGUGUAUGGAUCGGGAUGAGGAGGUGCACCGUGUUUUGAUGGAUAAGGUUUUCUUUAGGAAGCAUUCGGUUGUCAAUGCCGAGCUGUGGGUCAGACAGUUGGAAAUUAAAGCGUCGAAUGAUUAG